GAAGAGCUUGGGGAACAGGAGAGCACAAAAAUCUCUGAAGCUACUUAGGUGUGGAGGAAAAAUGAAGCUGACUCUGGUGCAGAUCUUCUUUAUGAUGUUGCUGCUCCUGCUGGGCCUGGGACUUGGCCUGGGGUUGGGGCUGCAGAUGGCUGCAGCAGUCCUACAGGAGAGUGAUCAGACCCUGAGUGAGCUGUGGUCCAGUGACUCCGAGGACAAGACCAAGGCCACUCAAGGAGAGGGCAGCCAAACUACAGAAACCUUGCUGGUUAGCAACAAAGGAGUGGUACAACCGGCCUGGUCUGAAGACACCGUCCUCGGGGAAGACGAAGUUCAGGGAAGCAAGAUGCUCAGAGCUGAGCCUCUCCUUCCCAGCCACAAAGACGACCUUAGGUCUGACCUGAUGACCAGGGAGUGCAACAGCCUGAUGUCACACAAGCUGAAGGAACACAACCGCACGUGCAUAAGCCAGUACACGUUCAUCCACGAGGAUCUGGAUACAGUCAAGGCUGUCUGUAACAGUCCUCCAGUUGCCUGUGAGCUCAAGGGGGGCAAAUGCCACAGAAGCUCCCGUCCUUUUGACUUGACACUCUGCAGGCUGUCCAAACCAGGCCAGGUUCCUCCUCACUGCAAUUACCUCACUGUCAUUUUUGAAAAGUAUAUUAUUAUAUCCUGUAAUGACUCGAAGUUCCAGAUAACGUCUGGACAAUGAAACGACUUAUCUUCUUCAUCCUUCCUCUUCACCCUUCUCCUCUUUCUCUUCCUUCUCACUUCUCUCUCCUACUGGUUUCCUCCUCCCUGGUGUUCUGCAUAAAAAGGUUCUGGGAAGAGAGGCUGGCCUCCUCUGGAUCAUUCUCCCCUGAGAACACAGUGCUUCUUUUCCCCUAGGUUUCACCCAACUUGCAGUUAGUUCCUAGGGCUAGAAGUGAAAGAAUAGGAUAACGAUCUGUAGUGUCUCUAGGUCUUCCCGUCUGCCCUGCCCUGGGAGGAGAUAAGUGUAAGAACAGCUCUAGUUUCUGUGGUGACUCUGGUCAUCAGCCUGUUUCCCAGUCCCUUUGUCUUUGGGUGUGGACUGUAAGAGGUUGAGGCAUCCUCCACCCACAUCCUUCCCUGCAGCCACCAUCACAGGAACCUCCUGGGCUUUCCACAUGCACCUGUGAGCUGUGGAUGGAAAUGAGUGACUCAAGCU